CGAGCAAGGCCCCGUGUACGUCUGCUCUACAUUGAUGAGGCUGUGCGUCAACGCUUUUGCUCCAAUGCGCAGUAUCUUUUGCAAACAGCGCUGAAGGACCCGCUGGCCGACUCCACGAGUGGUCAGCUUGCGCGCAAGGCGCUUCGGUACCGCAACAUUAUGAGCCGCACCGAAGAAAUCGACCUCCAUGACCCAACGUCCGAUGUCUCUGCGUUUUUCGGUAUUAAGUGGCAGCGUAGCUACAGCUUG